UUUUUUUCAGAGAAACCUAGAGAGCCUUAUGGUAUAUUAGACACUUGGUGCUGCUACGUUGCUUAUAAACAGGAGAACCUUGAAUUUUGCUUAAUCAUUUCAGAAGGCUAAGCAAUAUUUCACGAUGAGAUUCGUGAGGUUUAUUAUGAAGAAUUCGGCCUUGGCCAGCGUCCCUAAACACAUCGAGCACUUCUCCAAAUUUUCACCAUCUCCUCUGUCUAUGAAGCAAUUUCUUGAUUUCGGUUCAACAAACGCGUGUGAAAAAACUUCAUUUGUCUUCUUGAGGCAAGAGCUCCCGGUGCGACUGUCCAACAUCAUGAAAGAAAUCAACUUACUCCCAGACAGAUUGCUUACUACUCCAUCGGUGCAGAUGGUGCAUGGCUGGUAUGUUCAGAGUUUAAUGGAGAUUCUUGAGUUCCUGGAUAAAAGUCCCACAGACCACCGAGUUUUGGGAGAGUUUGUAGAAACCCUGGUGAAUAUCAGAAAUAGACAUAACGAUGUUGUUCCUACAAUGGCUCAAGGUGUGAUUGAGUACAAAGAAGCUUUUGGCCAAGAUCCGCUCACUAAUCAGAACAUCCAGUACUUCUUAGACCGAUUCUACACAAGCCGAAUCUCCAUUCGUAUGCUUAUCAACCAGCACACCCUGAUUUUUGACGGUACCACAAAUCCUGUUCAUCCCAACACCAUUGGAUGUAUUGAUCCUCACUGUCAAGUAGCAGACGUGAUCAAAGAUGCCUAUGAGAGUGCCAAGAUGCUCUGUGACCAGUACUACCUCAGCUCCCCAGACCUGGUGCUGCAAGAACAGAACACUAACAACAUGAACAUGCAAAUUAGCAUAGUGUACGUGCCUUCUCAUCUCUACCAUAUGCUGUUUGAGUUAUUCAAGAAUGCUAUGAGGGCAACUAUUGAAAACCAUAAAGAAGGCUCCAAUCUUCCACCUAUUGAAGUUAUGGUAGCUAUUGGAGGAGAGGACCUUUCCAUCAAGAUGUCUGACAGGGGUGGUGGAGUCCCGUUCAGGAAGAUGGAGAAUCUUUUCAGUUACAUGUAUUCAACAGCCCCGACUCCUCAGAUUGGCCAGCAUAGAACUCCUCUGGCUGGCUUUGGCUAUGGGCUGCCAAUCACUCGCCUCUAUGCAAAGUAUUUCCAGGGAGACCUCCAGCUGUACUCUAUGGAGGGUUAUGGCACUGAUGCUGUUAUUCACCUGAGGGCUUUAUCCACUGACUCUGUGGAAAGGCUUCCGGUGUAUAACAAGACAGCUCUGCGGAACUACAAAGUAAGCCAGGGAGCAGAUGACUGGUGUGUGCCAAGCAGAGAGCCGCUGGACCUGGCAGUAUUCCGGCUGGCCAAAUGAAGACCUUCUGCUUGUCUGGAGUCUCCUGGCUCCAAGUAAAGACAGUCCUUGCAUUAGAGUUCUCACAUGGGGACCAGAGAGAGCAAUAUGGCGUCUGCUUGAAGCCAGAUACUCAACACUUCAGCCUUAUGGUGUCUAUCGUUUUACUAGUUAAUGCAUGUAAUGGCUUUACAUCUGCACCAUAAUCAACCCAUGAUUAGUUUUUGUGGUUUGCAAAAAUCUUUUUUCCACAGUGUUACUUGUAGACCAAGCAUGCGUGAGUUGAGUAUCAUAACAAAGCCAAAAACGGUCAAAGAUUACAGCGUUCUCUUAGUAAAGGUGGAGUAUCACAGUGUAGGAGAGCCUGAGCUGGAAAGUUGUUAGUGUGUAGGUGGAGGGCAGCACGAUCUUCCAGGGCAGAUGGUGGAGUCAGUGUGUAGGAUCAGGCAGGAGCAUAGCAACUUCAUUGGUGCCAUGAGAGAAAGGGCCAAAGUGAGUUGUUGUUGUUGGAAGUCGAAUAAGAAUAAUACAGCGAAUUUGUAGAAGAGUACAUAAGCAGAUCUCAGUGUUGAGUUAUAACAUAUUAUCAUCUGAGGUUAAUGCAGUCGUGACAGGGAGUAUUUCGUAGAACAUCCAUCUUCCAUAUCACAGAUGAUGAAGAAAAGUGGACCAUAUUUAGAGACCAGAAUUGAAAACCUAUGGGUUCAUGAAUCAUCUCAGUGAUGUGACAUGAUUACAUUACAAAAUCAGGAAGAAAAAAACACUGAUGCAACAGUGUUUACUGAGAAAUCUGACUAACGGACAUAGGAGUGUAAUGCAAUGGUUGAUUCCAUAACUAAGGUUUUGAACAUUUCUGUUUUAAAAUUUUCACAACCAUUGUCUCUUUGCUAUUGAGUUCAAUCAAUAUGUAUUCUCGCUUACAUAUUACACUGAUAUAUUGUAUUCUUAAUUGUUGUAUGUAUGGCCAGUUUACAAAAAGAUAUUCUUCCAAUUUUGAACAUUUUCUGUGCCUCAACUUUUGGAAGUGUCUUUACUGUAUUAAACAAACCAGCCGUUCUGAACUUGAACCAUGCAGCCCUUAAGUAUUCUUUGUUAUUUCUAUCAUGUUUGCUUACCUUUUAUAUGAGCCUAUUAACUUCAUGUCUGAAUGUGUUAUAUUUUUAUGAUAAAAUCUAUUUUCCAUUGUAUGCAUAAUGUAUGUAAAUAUAAUGGAAAUAAACAUGACAUUUCAUUGCAUAUCCCUGCA